AUGGACUCUGCGGCAUUGUCAGAUUUGAAGGAGGUCUCGAAGCUCAUCAGAGAUAAUGUCGACGAGAGGCUUGACCAAGGUCUCGAGAUGGCCGUUGUAGACAGUUUUGCCUCUCAUAUCAGGGCACUGACCACGCACUUCACGCAAACUCCAGACCUUGUUCAUGAUCGACUCAAAAUUCACCUCCAUGAUGCAUGGUAUACCUGUAUCCAGGCAGCGAAGAUAAUUGAUUCUUGUGAUAAUUUACAGGAAGUCAUUGUGUCUCAACUCUUGGCUGUGAGGACGCUUGGGCCUCUGCAGCCUGUAGCAGGCGAGACUGCUAGCAUUACAUUUUCAGAUGGUUAUACACUCUGGUCUGGUCUACCCCUAUUUGCUCAAGAUCUUGCUCAGGAGUUCGCUAGCCACCACUAUAAGAAGGGGAUUUUCAAGCGGGAACAACAACAAAACCUUGCAGGAUUCAUUGGCCGACUUCUCUCUGUGGGUAUCUAUGAUGGUCCUGCUGUUUGUGCCCUCUCAAUAUUUCGAGAAGCAUUAGAGGUGCCACGACCUCUUACCCAAGAUCCCGAUAGUGAAGAAAUACCACUAGAGGAACUAUUGGGGCUCCUUGGUGAAUUGAUCAACCAGACGAAAUACAGCCUCCCUAUCCUAGCCGGGAACCAUGUAGCAGCUCCUACCACUCCGAGCAGCUAUCAACACCUAUCCGGCCUCGGCGAACUUGCUAUCCAGGCUGGUAAUAUCCCUUUAUCUGGCUAUAGCCCUGAGCGUUGGACGUUUUGGCUGCAGCGGCUUAUGGAACUAUCACAAUGUGGGGUUAAAAACAUUACAGAUGAUGCAGAAACAUUCAGAAGCUGGCUGAUUGAAAAGCAGAAUAUGACUGGGUUACUCAAGUAG